AUGGCCACCACCACCCUCGCCCCCGUCGAGACUCACCAGCUCAAGCUGCGCACCGCCUACGGGCCCGUCCACCGCACGGUCCUGAACGCGCCCCCGCGCGACUGUUCCGCAGACGACAUCCCCAUCAUCGACAUCUCCGGCAUCUACGGCGACUUCGCCGCGCGCAAGGCCGUCGCGGAGCAGGUCAGGCAGGCCGCGGUGACCAUCGGGUUCUUCUACAUCACGGGGCACGGGAUUCCGCAGGCGGUGGUGGACGAUGCGCUGGCGCAGGCGAAGAUGUUCUUCGGGCAGCCGCGGGAAGUGAAGGACAGGGUGAACCAGAAGCGGUCGAAGUGGUUCAACGGCUGGAACGCGCCGGGGAGCUCGCGCGUGAACGAGACGGAAUCGGUCGACUACAGAGAAAGCUUCGGCAUGCGGUACGACCCGCGAUAUGACCCCGCGGUGCCCAACCUCGCUGCCAUCCCGGCACACAUCCGCGCAGGCUUCCGUGCAGAAGAGUACGUCUGGGAGCACACGUCCAACCUCCCGCAGUUCAAGCCCGCCGUGCUCGCGUACUGGCGCGCGUGCCUCGCGCUCGCGCGCAGGCUCAUUCGCGUCUUCGCGUUGGCGCUCGACCUGCCCGAAGAGUACUUCGACGAGAAGACGUCGCACCCGGACGCCGCGGUCGCGCUGAACUACUACCCCGCGCUGCCGGCUGAUGUGGUGGCGAAGGAGGACGCGGUGUCGAUCGGCUCGCAUACAGAUUUGCAGUGCUUCACGAUAUUGUGGCAGGACGACAAUGGUGGGCUGCAGGUAUUGGAUAGGCAAGGGCAAUGGAUAAAUGCGCGCCCGAUCCCGGGGACGUUCGUGGUGAAUAUUGGGGAUUAUUUGAUGCGGAUUACGAAUGACCGCUUUGUGUCGACUGUGCACCGCGCGAAGAAUGCGGGUAUGAGGGAGAGAUAUUCGAUGCCGUUCUUUUUUGGAUUCAACUUCAACGAGACGUGUGGGGUGCUACCGAGUUGUAUGGAUGAUGACCAUCCGGCCAAGUAUGAGCCAAUCUCGUGUGAGGAGUGGGUAAGACUGCGGUUUGCGCAGACAACGCAGGACUCGGAAUAG